AAAUUCAUGCGGUUUGCCAGUGUGCAAGCUGCGUGUGUGCUUGUUAGCAUUUGCCUGCAGUUCAGUGACACAGUAUGGUGCUAUCGAGUCGUUUGUGUUUACUUUGAUGUUUACGGUCUAAAACUGGUUUGAGAUUUUCUCUGUGCGUCCAGAAUCUGGUUUUGUGGAAACUUUCUCACACGCUGCUACGUGCACUGAGCAGCCUGCAGACUCUUGGACAGUCCAUCGCUUCUUGAAGUGGCACAAGGCUCCAAAUACCGGUACAUGCCAGGAUAUUUUGCUUGAAGCUUUUAUCUCGCUCGUGUGCGGCGCCUUGUGGGAUUACUAACGUCCUGUGGAGGAAGUGACGCAGCUGCUAUGGAGACAAACAUUGUCUUUAUGUCUGAGUGGAGCUGACAGCGGAGUCGAGACUCCCUUACCCUUUCACCCCUUGAGCAAGGUGUAGGAGGAUGUAGCCCAUUGCAUAUUCGUUUUUUUCUCUUUGCCCGUAGGUGUGGCAGCAUCGUCGACUCCCCUUCCCCCUCCCCAGACUUGUGAACGAGCCGAGGUUUAUACUGGACACGGUGUUCGUGCUGCAACAUGACAUGAGCUUGCCUUGACCCAUCAAAAGGCACGCUGCCUGUGACUCGUCGACGAAAGGUCGCGGUUGACGCGGCAACGUUGGAGCGACGUAGUGACGCAACGCAAGGGCCGACGUGACGUCAUGAGACUGGCCAGCUGGCAGCGGCUUCGCUUGGGGCGGGUGAUCGUGGUGCUGGUGCUGACGGUGGUGCUGCUGCAGCUGAUCCACAUGGCGCUGCUGUCGCGGCUGGAGGCGCGGGAGGUCUCGCAGAGAGCUGGUGUAGGUGGUGGCGGGGGUAUGGCGGGCCCCGGGGUCGGGCGACAGCUGCAGGGUCGCAGCGUCAAGGCUGUCAUCGAGGACAUGCACGAGCGUGUCAAGAACGCCUACAGGCUGGACAAAAGCGGCACCUACCACGUCCUGGACAACUUUCUGACCUCAGAACAUGUAGUGCUGCAGAACGCGCAUGACGUAACGCUGGUCACGCAGUGCUCCUCGCACCACCUGCCCCACCUGGUGGAGCUGAGCGCCCGCUGGAAGGGUCCCGUCUCCGUGGCCGUCUUCACCAAUGACGAGGACUUCCCGGCGGCGGUGACCAGCAUCCUGCAUCACCAUUUCUGCUACGACGACGUCUACAAGUAUGUCACCUUCCACCUGGCGUUCCCCAUCAGCCGCUUGCCCCGCGACCUGGACGGCCUGGCUCGGGCUGUGGAGUCCCGGUCCCUGUGCACUGCCUCUAACGCCACCCUAUCCUUCGCUCAACCCUCGCGACAACGGAACUAUGCGACGGAGGGCCUGGAGUACCCGCACAACCUGCUGCGCAACCUGGCCAUCAACUACGUACAGACUCGCUACGUCUUGGUUGUGGACGUAGACAUGCUGCCCUCCCACGACCUGCGGGCUGGCUUCCAGAAGCUGCAGGACCGGGAGGAGAUGGAGAACAAGACGCGGUCCGCCGCCGGGAGGACCGCCUACGUUGUGCCUUCCUUCGAGAUCCAAGAUGGCGCCGCCCUGCCACCCAGCAAAGGGGCGCUGCUGCAGGAGUGGAGCGCUGGGGCCGUGCGGCCUUUCUACCAGGAGGUGUGCGGCAAGUGCCAGCGGCCCACGGACUACGAGAGGUGGCGAGACUUGGGCGAGAGCGCGGGGUUCAGGGUUGGCUACACCGUAGAGUGGACGGACCCGUGGGAGCCUUUCUACAUCGCGCGCGCGUCACUUCCGCUGUACGACGAGCGCUUCAAGCAGUAUGGCUUUAAUAGGAUCAGUCAGGUGUGUGAGAUGCACGUGGCCGGCUAUGAAUUCUCUGUCCUCGACAACGCCUUUCUGCUGCACAAGGGCUUCAAAACCCAAGAUGGAUUCCACGAAACGAAAGACGAGGAGCAAAACAGGAACCGCUUGUUGUUUAGGAAGUUCAAAGAAGAGCUAAAGACGAAGUAUCCAGAGUCUUCGAGAAGGUGUUGACAGUCUGCGCGUGCGGUCCCGUUGUGCGUGCAGGGUUACAGACACAUUGAAUAGUCGUGUACACACUCAUAGCAACAGGUGUACCAACAGGUAGAACAGGUGUUCACAACAUUGUACGUUUAAAACAUCCGCUAAGCCAAGAAAAGUGUUUGUGAAGUAACGAUGAUGAAUGGAUCCAAUGCAGAUGACUCAACAAAUGGUAAAGUUUAGUUUGACUGUUGAUAGAAGCGGUAAUCAGACUUGAGAGCAGCGGGAUGGACUGUGAAUACUGAUGUCAGACUUGUUUUAAAUACCCUUCACAUGGCGGAUGGUCUGUACGGAAUGGACCAGACACGGGGAGGAAACGACCUCUUGGGACCUGCGCAAUCGCAGUAUAUGGAAAGGUCUCGAAAGAUGGCCGAUCUCUUGGUCCACCAGUCGUCAUCGGGACCGAUAACCUCUGUGUUGUAAGAAAACAUCGGCAAGACUGGAAAUCAUCUUGUUUACUACCAGCGAAUCCCCGCGGUGAAAGUUGUAAAAGCAGAUCUUUGGACUGUAAUUCAGCUUGAGGGGACUCAACUAUGCGUCGACUCCGUGCUACAACUGCAGAUGCUGACUACACAGGUGAUCUUCCCCUGGACCGUGACGUAUCCAACAACUGCAAAUUAUAAAGGGUCAAGGAACGACUAUCCUCGUGCACGCCAUCUUUGGCUGCUGUGGGGCUGUGAACACCAUACAGUGUGUGAACACCAAACAUUGUGUGAACAUCAUACAUUAUGUGAACGUCAUACAUUAUGUGAACACCAUACAGUGUGUGAACGCCAUACAUUAUGUGAACACCAUACGUUUGCCAGACUUCUGCUUGGUGUUCAUUUCUCUCAUUACACAGAUGGACGCUGCAGCAGGACGGAGAAUGGCUUCCUUGUAACAUAUCGAUAACCGCCUGUCCAUCGUAGAUGAGUAGAAAUGUACAGAUAUUCUCAUUCGUACGCUCAGAAAUCCCUUCCUCCUUCAUUCGAUCACUCACUCGCACACUUGUACAUGUUAGGUACGCAAACAAACAUGCACGCACGCACUGUUACAAUAUCCAUGAAUGAACAACAUAAACUGUAAAUGCGCUCAUUAUGUCAGCUUAUCAGAAAAUUGUCUCAUGAACGGUAAGAUGAUGGAAGUGUCAGUUCUUGUGUGUGUUUUAUAUGGCAGUCUGUUCACUUCAUCCCGGCAUUGUCUACAGUCUUUACUUUUCGUUUGUUUAUUGCUGUUUGGUUGUUUGUUUAACAAUACUCUGUCAGUUGAUGUACUUAUUGUCACACAGUAUUUGCACGUGCAUGAAUGUAUGAAAUGUAACCCACGAUACUGGAGACGCCGUAAAAGCUUUUAAUGUAAAUGGAGUUGACUUGGGAGCUUUUCAUUAUGUGAGAUUAGUGACAGGGUCACCCAGUACAGUUACCGUACAAACCAGGACAUUGGAACCUGUUGCAGGCGCCGCAUUCAUUGUCAGUUUAGCUGCAGUCUGUCGGAUAAUCUUGUCAAUUCGUUGGAGAGGGGAUGUUGGGGGUGUAGUAGUUGUUGUCGAUGUUGAUUGUGCUCUCGAAAGGUUAACGGUUAGAGCUGCUUGCAGUUUGUUUUCAGAACGAGGCUGGUGUGCACAAAGUUUCCGGUUUAGUUAAUUUCCUGGUUUAAACUCACAGAGACUAACAGCAAGAGACUAAGUGUUGGUCUCAGCAGACAUCAGUCCACCUGUACACAUCCUUGCUAGAGUGACAUGCACUUUGUAUAGGAUCCUAUAGAGUGCCGCCUAUGUAUUGACCUAUUGACCUUCCAUAUUAACCCGUGCAUUGUGCAGUGGAGGGGGAGGGCGAUGGUGUGUCAGUGGUUCCUGUCUGCGGUAAGGCAACUAGGAAAUGGCAGAAAGAACACAUCCGCUACCUUUUUCGUCGAGGUUCAUCGUUUUGCCGCCAUGACAGGGUGGGUAGUGAUAUUAUCGCACAGUUCAGUAUUAUCGCAAUCAUUCCAGUAUUAUUGGGAAUUAUUUUUCCUAGAGUCUCUUGUCAGCGAGGUGCCAGACAAGCGGUGCCACUCUCUUGCAGACCCUCCAUGAAGUCUAUUCCUGGCAGACAGCGGGUGGGUGCGGAAAGGUAACAUGGCCAGCAAGAUGUCUUCUCGCAUUUGUGUGGAAGUACUCAAGCAGAUUUCAGCAAGAAAAAGUUUGUAGUCGGAAUCAGCAAAUAGCUGCAGGGUUCUUUACUUAAACUGCUCCUGGGUGAACGUGGAGUCAUAAACAUUAAUGACGGAGAGCCAGCGAGCCACUUAAUGUGUUUUCGAAUUGUACACCAGGUGUGCAGUCAAGAAAACUGGCAGUUACAGAUUCUUGCAACCACAAAAUGUAGUACCAGCGUGUUUUGCAGGGUAGUAAAGACUUCUAUCAAAGGCUUCACAACUGUUUAAAAGAACUUGCCAUUAUUUUAUGCGAACAAACAAUGUCACUGUCAUAUUUUUUUUUUUUGAGGUUUUUUCCUGGUGAAUUGAGGUGGACCAUGUAACAGGAAGACUAGGGUGCAGGAUGUGCUAGGCUUCACCGUCAUGUCAAAUGGCCAACCGGCAAAUUUCCUUCAGACAUCACGUGUGCAGCAAAGAGAUUUUCCCGAACAAUGAAGACAGAACUUUAGAAAGAAAGAAAACCCGAUUACUAGAGAUCUCACUAAUGUGUUCAUCUGGCCGGAGUUUACAACAACCUCCACAGUAAUAUCUUGAAUUGCUCGUCGGGAUCGUCUUGUAUGGUUUUGUUUGUUUCUUCUCAGGAGAUGCUGAGCACCACUCACCAGUCUUCACUAUAUAUUUUUUCUGUUUUCAAGUCAUAGACAUUGCACUCCCCCUUCUUGUCUCCUGCCAUGACCUAAGUAGUGUAGGUUCACAGGAAGACUUGUUGCAGCAAAUGUUAUCGGUCGUCGUCAGGACCACUCCUCGUCCAGCACCAGACACUCUUACCAUCAGGUCGUCCUAAAGGUCCCCGAGGGUGGGCGUGGAUAGGGGUGAAGUACUUACAAUGUCUGAUAAAAUCGUAAAUAAAAAAGAAAUACGUCCGGGUAGGGAAACUAAAUUUGAAGAAAUGUGGGUUGCAAGAUAAUUUUCUCAGAAAGUAGACAGGCAUUUGAAAAUACCCUUGGCACAGACAUGGGCGGAGAGAGAGUAGCUGUGGUGCUGUUUCUAAAGUAGAUUAUAGAUAUUCAGCUCACACCGUUAGGCGACCUUUUACAACGGAGGACAUGUUAACUUUUUUUUUUUAGUUAUUUCUGAAUUCAGUGUUGUUUUCAUCAGAAAAUGCAUUAGCUGUCGUGGGGAUUGGACACAGUUGCUAUCGUCUGUACACGCUUGGAGAGAGAAGUAGUUAUUUCCAACACAAUGGGGAUUAGAGGUCUACACACAAAGACAAGUGUUGCUGCCUUCCUGGCUUUCCUUUAUAACGAGAAGUCACGUUCUUCUCCCCUCUUUUCCUUCCAUCGCUCUCACCUCUCCCCUUUCUUGGAGUUCAGUUGUUUAUCUAAGUCUGCUCGAUCACAACAACUGGCCUUAACAAGGUAGGAGGCUAUGUAUGCAUGCUAACCAGCACUUAGCACCUAGCAGUGUGUUGUGCUCCUGACUCCACAAUAUCAGUUGCAAAGGCCGUUCUUGGCCGCGAAAUAUUCCUAAUGUUUGACCAAGUUUGGCAAAGUUUUAUUUCAGAAAAAUGACUUAUGGAUCUGUUUGCACAAGUACUCAGCAUGGGGAACUCUUCAAAGGAAGACAGUAAAAUCCCUGUUGGCGACACGAUUUGUGACUGUGUUUAUCUUGUCCAUCUAACGAUUUUGUUUUGAUGUUCAUGCACAUUUAAAAAUAAGCCUAGCUUGACUGCCUGCCAAACAAAAUAAAAUCCGUGACUAGAAACAGUUGUGGGCAUAAAAUCACGAGAAAUAAUUGCUGGAAGUCAGCGAACAGGUUCUGGAAGCCUGCGCGUGUCGCGUGAAGAUCAUGGCAUUGGAUUUCAGAGACCAAGUGUGAUGUGUCACAGAUUUUCUAUUCAUUCUCCCUUCGGUCUCCACUUGUCACGAGAAUUUGCUGUUUAGAGCCAUACAUCCAGCUGUUGGAGAAGGCCAGGCCACUUGUAAUGACUUGUCCAGCUGUUGGAGAUGGUCACACCACUUGUAAUGACCAGAGCACUUGUCCAGCUGUGACAGCCACCAAACGUGUGUUGACAGUCAAGACAAAGAUGUUGACCAGUCCGGCACCAACGAUCAUGUGUCUCCCAGAGGAAGAGAGAAAACAGUUCAUGUAAAUAUUGGAUGUCAUUACAUAAAUAUCUUGUUUAACAAGUGUCACGUGUUUUUGUUUGUUUUGUUUUUUAUCCUCUUUGCUGUCGUCUCGCAAUCAGGAAGGAAGGAUGUGGGAGCAAGAUGUCUUGCUGGCCUUUCUUUUAAUUGGAAUUUUACAUGUAACUAUGUUGUUUGUCUGUCGGUCUUUUUGUGAACGGAAUAUGUUUGCAUGGAAAAUGAGUGUGUCCGUGCUAGGCCUGUACAUAAGUAGGCUUCGGGGGGAAAGGGAACUUGCACGUGCGGUCUUGCCAGUAUGUUUUGGAUGUUUACGAGCUUAAGAAGAAAAAAGCAUGAAUUUAGUUUUGUUAAACAUUGGAUUUGUAAAUGCUCACUUCAUUGAUAUGGACUCCAGAGCCAUACGAAGCGCGUUUCUCGGUAAAUGGAACACUUGUCUUUGCUGAUGUGUCUGGAACUCAUGGAAAUAAAUCUUUGAAUUAGAU